CAUGUUGACCAAACUCGUAUUUUAUUUCACGGAUGCAUGUACCGGUUUCGUUUGAGUUUACUGUGAUCAAAAUGAGAUUUAGAUGCAUUUAUAGCCUUGCUUUGCUCGUAGUAGUCUGUAAUAUAUCAGCACAAUGCGAGUUUCAGACUCUGGCGCAUUUAAAACCGCAAGCCAACGACAAGACUCAGGGAAGAGCUGUAGUGGAACUUCUCAAGCGUCUGCUUGGAAAUAGAUCGCGUGAGUUCAUAGUGUCAGUCAACAGAACUUUAUCCAAUGACAGUUUGGACGUAUGUGAGCUCCGGUCAGCGAAAAACAAUAGAAUCUUAGCCACAGGCAGCACUGGGGUGGCUGUCGCCUCUGGGAUUUACAAUUACUUGAAAUACUUCUGUAAUUGUCACGUGUCCUGGUCAGGUAAUCAACUAAACAUUCCGUGCCCUUUGCCGCAAAUCACAGGCCUACUGCGCAUCAACACCCAACACAGAUUCAGGUACUAUCAGAACGUAUGCACUCAGAGCUACUCCACGGUGUGGUGGGACUGGCCACGAUGGCAGAGGGAGAUCGACUGGAUGGCGCUGAAUGGCAUCAAUCUGCCUUUGGCAUUUACUGGACAAGAGGCCUUGUGGCAAGAGAUGUACCUCUCGCUGGGGCUGAACCAGACUGAAAUCGACCACUUCUUCACCGGCCCCGCCUUCCUAGCCUGGAACCGUAUGGGGAACCUGUUCCAGUGGGGCGGACCCCUACCACAGUCCUGGCACGUGAAGCAGCUCUACCUCCAAUUCAAGAUUUUAGACCGAAUGAGAUCCUUCGGAAUGCUGCCUGUCCUGCCAGCUUUCUCUGGCAUUGUGCCUCAGGGCAUCGCCAGGCUCUUUCCGAAAGCCAACCUGACCAAACUGCCUCCCUGGAGCCAUUUCAACUGCAGCUACUCCUGCUCCUACACCCUAGAACCCCAUGACCCCCUCUUCCAUCAGAUCGGCUCCAUGUUCCUGUCCCAGCUGGUCAAGCAGUUUGGCACGGACCACGUCUACAACACGGACACCUUCAAUGAGAUGACGCCGGCCUCCUCGGACCCUGCCUCCUUGUCCGCGGUUAGCCAUGCCGUCUUCGCCACUAUGACCUCAGUGGAUCCCCAGGCCAUUUGGCUGAUGCAGGGCUGGCUCUUUGUGCAUGACGCAGCAUUCUGGAAGCCUGCCCAGAUUCAGGCCCUUCUGCACGGAGUGCCUAUCGGCCGGAUGAUUGUGCUGGACUUGUUUGCUGAAUCCAUGCCAGCUUUCUCCUUCACCAAGUCCUUCUACGGCCAGCCCUUCAUAUGGUGCAUGCUCCACAACUUUGGCGGCAACAGCGGGCUCUUUGGCACAGUGGAGAGCCUCAACUCGGGGCCGUUCGAGGCUCUUGCCUUCCCCAACUCCACCCUGGUUGGACUCGGGCUGGCGCCGGAGGGCAUCGAGCAGAACCCUGUGGUGUACGAGCUGAUGAGUGAGUUGGCGUGGCGCAAGGAGCCAGUCAACCUGGCCAAGUGGGUGUCGCUGUACGCAGCUCGCCGCUACGGCAGCACCCACGAGAACCUGACGGCCGCCUGGAAGCUGCUUUUUGGCAGCGUCUACAACUGCACCGUGCCACACUAUAAGAACCACAACCACAGUCCGCUGGUGCACCGGCCCUCACUGCGCAUGACCACGGAGGUGUGGUACCAGCGGGCCGACCUGUACGAGGCCUGGAGGCUGUUGUACCAGGCGGCCCGGCCCCUCAUGGCCCAGGAGACGUUCCGCUAUGACCUGGUGGACGUCACCCGGCAGGCCCUCCAGCUUCUCACCACCGAUUACUACCGCGAGAUCCGGGACGCCUUCCAGGCCCAGAAGCUUCCGGAGCUCCUGACGGCGGGCGGCGUGCUGGUGUACGACCUCUUCCCAGAGCUGGAGCGCCUGCUGUCCAGCGACGGCCACUUCCUGCUGGGGACAUGGCUGGAGCGGGCACGCUCCCUGGCCCUGGACGAGGUGGAGGCGCAGCUGUACGACAUGAACGCCCGGAACCAGAUCACCCUGUGGGGCCCCGAGGGUAACAUUCUGGACUACGCAAGCAAGGAGUGGGGCGGCCUGAUGGAAGACUACUACUCCCAGCGCUGGAGCCUGUUCGUCAACACCCUGGUGGAGUGCCUGGACAAGGGCCGACCCUUCAGGCAAGACGCUUUCAACCAGGCCGUCUUCCAGGUGGAGAAGGGCUUUGUUUUCAACAGCCGGAAGUACCCCUCCAAACCGCAGGGGGACACCUACGACAUAGUCAGCAGAAUCUUCCUCAAGUAUUAUCCAAAUGCUUUGAAGAGACUAAAGUGAGCCUGUCUGUAAUCUGCCGAAAGACUAUCUUCUGUCAGAGCGAGAAGAAUGUCUCCCUCCCCAUUACUUUGCUGUAGAAUGCACUCAGAGGUUCAAAAUACCCUUUGUUUGGAAAUACGUACCUUGGAAGCAGUCUAUGGACAAUGAGUGACUGCAAUCCACAAUUUGGUUUUAUUAAACUAGCUACUGCCAACAAAUGGUAAUAUUAGCAUUUUCAGAGCAAAAACUGUUGUAAAUCAAUCUCCCCGUUUGCAUGUUUUAAAUUGAAUGCCCAAAUGAUCUCUUAAAUAGAUUGUGUUCCUCAAAUACUUGGUUUAAAAAGCAUUGUGAGAUGAUUUGUGCAUGAAAUUAGACUGCUUUCAGAAUAUGUAUUUCACUGUUAAGUAAGUAAGUAAGUAGCCUUGCACGAGCCUUGGCUUGUGUGAGCCGGAACGGCUCAUGUAUUUCACUGAACUAUGCCUGGUGCAGCAGUUUUUUUAUAUCAAUCUCAAUAUCAAAUCAUUUCUGGGUAACUUUUUAGUGAGUUACUGUGAUUCAAAAGGCUCUCACACAUCUGAGCUAGCUUUGUUGCAGGUGCAUGGUAACAAUUGAAUAACAUGAGAAAAAAAAAAUAUGAAACCCGCACACUGCUCUUGCUAG